CACGUGCCCCGAACCUUAAUUUUUCCUCCCUUACCAUCAGCACAUCGCCGCCGCCGUCGCGUACGACGACGAAGAUACAUCGACGAUGGCGCCGUUCUCAAAACCAGAGACAGUUCUAAAGCAGGCGGAGGGCCUUGUCUCCGUCGGCCAAUCCUAUGCCGCCCUCCAAUCACUCACGGAGAUGUUCUCCUCGAAGCGCUUCCGCUCGACGCCGCUGACGAGCCUGGAGCCUAUCAUGAAUCGAUUCAUCGAGCUCUGUGUGGAGCUGCGGAAGGGGAGGACCGCGAAGGAGGGUCUCAUGCAAUACAAGAACAUCGCUCAGAACACCAGCGUGCAAAGCAUCGAGGCCGUCGUCACCCGCUUCAUCCAGCUCGCCGAUAGCAAGGUCAAGGAGGCGCAGGAGAAGGCGGCGACCGUCCAGGUUGCGCUCGACGUCGACGAUCUUGAAGCCAGCGAGACCCCGGAGAGCAUCUUGCUCGGAGCCGUCAGCGGUGACCAGAGCAAGGAUCGGACCGAUCGCGCGCUUGUCACACCCUGGCUCAAGUUCCUUUGGGAGAGCUACAGGACGUCGUUGGAGACCCUCAAAAAUAAUGCGCGUCUGGAGACAAUCUACCAGCAAGUUGCGCAACAAGCCUUUAAGUUCUGCUUGAAGCAUCAGCGCAAGGUCGAAUUCCGUCGCCUCUGCGAGACCCUCCGUCUUCACUUGGCAAAUGUUGCGAAGUAUGCGCACCAGACGCACAGCAUCAACCUCUCCGACGCGGAUACCCUGCAGCACCAUCUCGACACCCGCUUCGCUCAGCUGAACACUUCCGUCGAGCUUGAAUUAUGGCAAGAAGCAUUCCGCUCCGUCGAGGACAUCCACAACCUCCUCACCCUUGCCAAGAAGGCGCCCCGCCCUGCGAUGAUGGCCAACUACUACGAGAAGCUUACCAGGAUCUUCUUGAUGAGCGGGAACGCACUCUAUCACGCGGCGGCAUGGGGUCGCUACUACUCGAUCGUCUCCAGCAUUGGUGGCAAGAGUGAGGAGGAGAUGUCCCGGCUCGCCGGUCAGGUGCUUGUCAGCGCUCUCGCCGUUCCUGUCGGUCUGCACGAAGUCGAGGAGGUGAAGGGCAAGAAUGCCCGCCUGACCGCGUUGCUGGGUCUUAGCAAAAUGCCGACGAGGGCUGGUCUUCUCAAAGAUGCUCUCGCACGCGAUGUCCUCAGACUGUCCCCUCAGCCUGUCAAGGAUCUCUACAACAUCCUCGAAGUGACAUUCGACCCGCUUUCCAUUUGCAAAAACGUCGCGCCCCUGCUGGACACCCUGUCCAAGCCCGCAUCUGAUGAUGUGCCGAAUCCCUACGCCUCUUACCUUCCCCUGCUCCACCGUGCUCUCCUUUCGCGUCUGCUCAGCCAGCUCGGACAGAUCUACAGCACCAUCCACCUCUCCACUCUCCACUCCCUCGUCGAGCCCCUCGGCGUCCAAGGCGAGCAGGUCGAGUCCUUCGUCGUUGGCUGCGCGCACCGCGGCGAGCUCGGGCCCGGCAUCAAGGUCCGCGUCGACCACAUCGAGGGCUGCGUCGUCUUCUCCGACACGCCUUUCGUGUCGGGCGAGGACGACGAGAUCAAGGAUCCGUCCUCGUCGACGACGUACACGAAGGAUACCAGCGGUCUCAUCCAGACCAGCGUCCGCGACCUUGUGCGCACGCGCCUGAGCGGGGUGGCCGAGUGCCUUUACAAGUCGCUCAACGUCAUCGAGCCGCCUGCUGCCGAGGAGAACACGGAGGAGAAGUUCAAGGAGCUCGCUGCGGCCGCCAAUGCUGAGCGCAAGGCUCUUCAGCUCCGUCGCGCUGUCGUGCACCGACGCCGUGAGCUCCUCACGGAGCUGACGAUGCGCAAGGAGAAGGAGGAUCUCAGCCGUCGUGCGGAGCUUACUCGCAAGGAGCGCGAGGCUCGGGAAGCGCGCGCCAAGGAGGAGCUCAAGCGGAAGGAGGCGGAGCGUACCAAGAAAGAGAUCGAGGAGAUCCGCGCUCAGCAGGCGAAGGAGUACGCGAAGAACCUGGUCGAUAUGGGCAUCUUGAAGCCGGCCGAGGUCGACAAACUGGAGACGUACGACACGGAGCAGUUGAUCACCAUCCAGGUCGGGCAGCUCGAGAAGGAGAAGAAGGAGAUGAACGAGCGCCUGACGCGGGUCUCGAAGCGCAUCGACCACAUCGAGCGCGCCUACCGCAAGGAGGAGCGCCCGCUGCUUGCCAAGGACUACGAGCAGCAGCAGGAGACGGAUCGCCGCAACUUCGAGGCACUGCAAGAAGAACGCAAGACCAGUGCGCGGCAGGCGCACGAGGAGGCCGUUGCGACGAAGAAGCGGCUCCUCCGCAUGCGCGAGGACUACGAGGCGCGGCGCGCGGAGAUCCUGGCGCGCAAGGGCGAGGAGUUCUCGAAGCGGAAGGAGGCCGCGGCGCGCAAGAUCGAGGAGGAGAAGGCGAAGCGGCGCAAGGCCGUGCUCGCGCAGCGCGAGGAGGAGCGCAAGCGCCUCGAGGAAGAGGAACGCAUACGCCGCGAGCAGGAGGAAGAGGAGAGGCGGCUCGAGGAGGAGCGCAUUGCGGAGGAGACCCGCCUACGCGAGGAGGCCGAGGCCAAGGCGGCUGCGGAGGAGGCCGCCAAGCGUAAGGUGGAGGAGGAGGCUGCGGCACGUCGCGCAGAGCGCGAGAAGGAACGCCAGGCCGCCGCCGAGCAGGCCCGCCUCCAGCGCGAGCGCGAGGAGGAGGCCGAGCGGAGACGCGCCGAACGUCGUGCCGCUGAGCGCGCUGCGCCAGCAGCAGCGUCCGGCCGGCCUUCGAUCUUCGGGCGCAAUGCGCCCGCCGCGGAGACCGGUGGCAACGCCUGGCGCAGGAGCACGCCUGUGCCGGAGCGCACGGCGAGCCCGGCCCCCGCCGCGCCUACGCCAGUGGCGGCGGAGGCCGCGCCAGCGAAGUACCGCCCUGGUGCGCUUGGCGGCGGUGGCGGCUGGCGCGCGCGCGAGCAAGCGAAGGCUGCUGGUGCCAGCGGCACGCCGUCCCCUCGUCCUGCCUCGCCCGCACAGCCGCCGGCGUCGCCUGCGAAGGCUGAUACGCCGAAGGACGACGAUGGCUUCCAGACCGUGUCUUCGCGUGGAGUGUGGCGCCCGAGGCGGGGCCGUGCUUGAGGCUGAUAAGUAGUGUACGACUUGCACGACGCUGUACGAUGGGUAUGCUCUCUGUAUUGUAGUACACUCAUGUAUUGUUGCUGCUAUCCCUUGCUAUGGAAUAUUCUGACGCACCCCGUCGACCCGACUGCCCCGCU